CACGAGUGCAGGUUAACGGUGUUGCCGACAUUGUUCUCCAGUGCUUUUAUUAAAUUGGAACAGUGCCAUGGGAACGACAUGACCUUGAAAGGGCUUUAUGCCUACUGGACCAAAUGUGACUAGGCAACUUUCCUAUCGUAUGACAACUUCUGGGGACAUGAUCUAAAGCCGCAUGCUGUUGAGGAGAGAGGCAGGGAAGGGUGCAAGACAACCUGUCUUCUAUAUGGCGUAGCAAGAAACACAGGUCUCUGUACAGUAACAACAACUGAAUCCUUGCAAUUCCAAUUGUUGGCAUGGCGCAUACGAGCGAUGGUGGUGCCGGGCCACUGGAAUUGUCGAUGCACGAGCCUUCUGCAGGGUGGACGAGAAAAGCAGGUGCUGGGUUCUCUUCUAAUACCAUUAAGAAACGUCUACUCAGCAAGAAAUCAAAACUUGCUCCCACAUUAACAACAAGCCCACCGUGGACGGCCGCUUCACUUGACAAUGCCAACAUCGACCGACCAACAUCAACCAUGGCCGAGCAGACCCGUGCCCAGCCGGUUGAGCUUCGUCCGUCCCUACCCGCCGGCUCCGAGCCCCCGCCGCCUGCCCCACCUCAACCCAGUCCCCAGCCAGCGCAGCAACAGGACCCGCAACCACAGUCCGAACGCCCACCUGCGUCGCCCACGCCAGCAGCUCUGGUACCCGAAGCUGCUGCGGCCGCUCCAGCAGCUGAAGCUCCGGGCGGGACCUCCACGAUCCAAGAUCCCGGGGGCAAAGCGCUGGCACCACCCGCAAGCGAGCAGCAGCAUCGGCACCGGCAAGCUGAAACCGACACCGCACAACCUGGAGGCGUACCGGUAUGCAUGGCUGAUGCGCCACCUGCUGAGUCCCGGCAGCUGCAGGCGGGCAGCGCUGCCGCAGCUGGGGCCACAGGUACUGCGCCACAGGUACAGCAACACGGCGGCAACCACGGUGCCGGGCACUGCAGCCGCGCAGCCUCCGUCGGACCGAAUGAGGAGGCCGGCGCGGGCGGCACCCUGCCUGGCGCACUUGCAGCCGGCGGCCCGACGAUGCUGCCUGCACGGCCAUUCGCUUUUGUCAUUAACGUCACAGAGAAGAUGAUAAAAGACGGCGUGCUCUACAUACGGAAGCCACUGCUGACGCGCGCCAAACUGGCAGGGCCCGAGGACCUACGGCCGGAGUACCGGAUUGAAUCAGGGCAGCCCUCUGACAAGCAGCCUCCGUUUGACGUGUGGUUCGAACACGCCAACCGCACUGAAAAGUGCCUCAUCAAGUCGUACGAUAAGCUGGACGCGGUGGGGCUGAAAGGCAUGAAGGGCUGGCUGGAGCGGGCUGGGAUCCGGACGGGCAGCAAGCAGGCUUACAAACGGGACAAGGAGGGACGCUACCGGCUGGAGCAGCGGGAGGCGGCUGGUGGUGACGGCGUGGGACGGAAAGCCUCCGGACUCGCUCCUGGCAGCAGCUGCGGAGGCGCGGCGGCGGAGGUUGCUAGCAACGGGCCGGGAGCAGUGGUUCCCAGUGAGCUAGGAAGCGGGGAGACGGCGGGGGCGGGCUCGGCGGUGGAGAGCGCUGGAGGAGCGGCGGAGGGUGCGGCUGCGGACCAGGAGGGAGGGCGCGGAGGUGGAGGGAAGGCACGGGCAGCGAGCCUAGCCCGCAGCGGGAGCGAUUACGCGAUCAGCGGAGGCGGCGGCGGCGGUCCUGCUGGUGCCGGCGCGGCUGCAGCUGAUAGGGAGGCUUCUCAUGUAGCGCGGGUCGAAGGUGGUACGGUUGCAGUCGCCCCAGCCGGCCGCACCACGCCACCCACAGCAGCAGCAGCAACAGCGGCCAUUGCAGUCAGAGACUCUGGUCCGGCUGCCGGCACCAGCUCGCCGCAGCAGGAGUCGUCCGGGCGUGCAACUGCACGGAAGGGCGCCCAUCCCCGCAAGCGCCCUCGUCCUGCGGAGCAGCAUGCAAGUGCCGGACCGCAGCAGCCGCCAGCACCUUCAGUCCCAGCACCACCAUCACCAGCAGCAGCAGCAGCAACCGCAGCCAGGACCUGCAGGUCUGGGGCUGAGGCGGUGGCUCAACCAGUCUCCGCCGCCGCUGCCGCCGCUGCUGCUGCUGCUCCUGCUGCUGUUGCACCCAGUCGCAGCGCAGGCAGUGCUGAGGUACUGCCAGGGAGCAGUAAGGCAAAUGCUGGGACCACCGUAGACCGAACCGCGGGUCACGGAAACCCAUCCACGGCAGGACUGCCGAGGGCAGAGGAUAAGGGCGUGCUGGAUCCACGCUUUGCCAAGAUCCUAACCGCCUGUGCGGUACCGGCACCCUCCAGCCCUGACGCCAACAAGAAGAAGAAGAGUGGCAAGGUCCGGCUGCCGGUCAGCAUGACUCAGCCGGGCGGUGUGUUUCAUGGCGUACUGGGUCCCGUAAGGCUGCAGGAAGUGGGCGGCGGGAGGGCGUGGGAGGCAAAGGUGCAUCAACAACCGAACAGGGUCGAGCUGGGCGCCAUGACAGCUGUCGUUAGGGACCUGGGCGCGAAGGAAGGCGACGCGCUGGACUUCCGGCCCUUCGAGCAGGAGGAGACGGAGGAGGCGGCAGCAGCUGAGGCAGCCGGCCAGCCCCGGUGCAAGCCCCCGUGCUUCCGCGUUCGGUUCAUGCCGGCCGGCACGUUCGUCAAUCCGCCGCCGCAGCAUCCGCCUCGGCCGCAACCCCAGCGACCCCAACCUGAACCGCAACCUCAGGCGCCCCAGCCCCCAUCACAGCCCCAGCCCUCCCAACUGCAACCCCCGCCGCAGCCGCCCAUCAAGCCCGAUCCGGAGCCGGAGGGCCAGCCCGGCCCCACCGCACCGCCGCACCCCGCAUCCCCGCCUCCUCCUCCAAGCGCCGGUGCAGGGCCUCCACCGCACCGCCCUUCCCAGACCCCUCCACCACCACAGCCCCCUCCACCGCCGCCUCCGCGUCCCGCUUCCCAUCCCCCUUCUCAGCCGCCUCCACCACAGCCCCCUCCACCGCCGGCCCCUCCACUGGAACCCUGGCGUGUGCCCGCCGCCAGUCUCACACGCGACCGGCUGCGAGGCCCCUGCUGCGACCCCCACCUGGGCACACCGCACGGCACCGCUCCUGCCACGCCAACCUGCGCUACCACCCAAUACCACCACCCCCAUGAAGGCGGUGCUUCUGGCGAGUACCGUCUCUGCGGGGUAGUCCUCGGACGCGGCACUCCCGCUGACGCCGCGCGCGUGUGCGAGGCGGCUUGGCGGGCUCGCCGCCGCCGCCAUGGCGCCGCCGCGGUUCCGCUGUGUGAGGUUCCUGGGCUGGACGAGUGCGGCUGCGCGCUGCCGGGCUGGCGGCGGCGGGGCUGGCACGCGCUGUUCGGGCCGCAGCCGGCGGGGGCGGCGCAGCAGCGGCUGCGUGUGGCUACCAUCCGGCGGGGGCUGUGCAGGAUGAUGGGGCUGGGUCAGGACCACAGCGGACCACAACAGCAGCACGGGCAGCAGCAGCAGCACGGGCAGCAGCAGCAGCAGCAGGAUGUGGAGGUAGAGGCGGUGCUGCCGAGUGGGGCGGUUCGGCUGCCCUGCCUGAGGCCCUGUCGGGAUGAGGCGCGGGGCGGACUGGGCGUGUGUACGACAGAGAAGAUCCCCGGAGGCGAGCCGGUGGGAGUUCUGGCUGGGUACGUGCUGCAGGGGCGCCGCAGUGACCCAUGGGUCGGCGAGGAGGAGGAGGAGGAAGCGGGUGCUGAUGUUAAUGCCGCAGGCUUCGGCGCCGGUGGUGGUUCUUCCGAUGCGAUGCUAUACGCCAGCAGUGGUUACAAGGAGAUACCCGAGGCGGACGCUGCACGGGAGGAGCUCCGUCGGCGUGGCGGCGGCGAUCACUCCGACACCGCGUGGACGUUCCUUGCGUUGUCGUACCAGAUGCCGUACCCUGGGGAGCUGACGGAGGCGGCGCAGAGGUACCGCAAUGACGGCACCUGCGACGGCGUUAGCGGCGGUGGUGGCGGCGGUGGUGGCGGCGGUGGCAACGCCGGUGGUGGCAAUGCCGGUGGCCGCAGCGAGGGACAGCCGCCGGCCCAGGCCGGCAGCAGCAGCAGCAGCAGCAACGUGUCGCAUGUGCUGUGUAUGUUGGGGUACGGCAGCGUGUUGUCGCUGCUGAACGACGGGCGGCAGGGGGUGGGCCUGGAGCAGCUGGCGGGCGGGGAGGAGCUGCCGGCUGGGCAGCCCAACUGCGUGGUCAUCCCGGUUGCCGUGUGCGGCGUGGUGCUGCCGGUGGUGGUGGCGCUGCGGCGACUGGCGCCCGGCGAGCAGCUGCUGGUUGACUACGGCGGCGGCUGGUGGCAGGAGAUGGCCAACAUCGCGG